GUGUUCUUAAUUUCUUAUUACUACGAAUAUUUUAUUAAAUCCGACGCGUGCGUAAUAGUUUAAUGUGGGCAAGGUAACGUAUAAAAAGCGAGUUUCUGGGUCUUAAUUUUUUGGGCAAAAUCAUAAACAAUUCGUGAACAAUUGUAAGAUCCUAGAUUUUAUGUUUCUUGAGACAUCUUUUGAUUUUUUGUAAAAAAUUGUCUUUUUCCUUUCUUUCAUAUCUGAGUUUUGUUUUGUCUGUGUGUGUUAUUCUACUUGCGCCAUUUGUCUGGUUAUCGAUUUUUCUGCUACACAAAAACCCAGAUUUUCUUUUUCAGAAUCACACGACUGAUGCAGUAAGCUAUCUUCAGCCAAAAACUAUCCUGGAUUUUUUCAUUGUUAAACAACUUUGAAUCAUCUUAAUUGUAUAUAAGCAAACUAUAAAAUAUCAUACAAGAUGGAGGAGAUGUCAACUGAUAAUAUACAUGGAGUCAUUUUAGCUGUGUCUUCUAGUAUAUUCAUUGGUUCUAGCUUCAUCAUCAAGAAAAAAGGUCUCAAGAAGGCUGGUGUAAGCGGAGCUCGAGCAGGUGAAGGAGGGUAUGGAUACUUAUAUGAACCUUGGUGGUGGGCUGGGAUGAUAACAAUGAUUGUUGGGGAGAUAGCAAAUUUUGCAGCUUAUGCAUUUGCACCGGCUAUUCUAGUGACACCUUUGGGAGCUCUAAGUAUUAUUUUCAGCGCAGUGCUUGCACAUUUUAUUUUGGAAGAGAAGUUGCAUAUGUUCGGUAUACUUGGCUGCGUCCUCUGUGUUGUUGGAUCUACAACGAUUGUUCUACAUGCUCCUCACGAGCAAAAUAUUGAAUCGGUCAAACAAGUAUGGCACCUAGCUACUGAACCAGGUUUCCUUGCAUAUUCUGGUGUGGUAUUGGUUGUGGUGCUUGCAUUGAUCUUCUACUACGAGCCGCGUUAUGGGAAGACGCAUAUGAUAGUAUAUGUUGGGAUUUGCUCCUUAAUGGGUUCUCUUACUGUUAUGAGUGUUAAAGCUGUGGCCAUCGCCAUAAAGCUGACUUUUUCCGGGAUGAACCAGUUCAAGUACUUCCACGCAUGGAUUUUCAUUAUAGUAGUGACCAUAUGUUGCAUUUUGCAAAUCAACUACUUGAACAAGGCUCUGGAUAAUUUCAACACUGCGGUUAUAUCUCCAGUGUACUACGUUAUGUUUACAACUUUCACCAUCUUAGCUAGCAUGAUCAUGUUCAAGGAUUGGGCUUCUCAAAGUGGAUUGCAAAUUGCGACCGAGCUAUGUGGCUUUGUGACAAUUUUAUCAGGAACUUUUCUUCUCCAUAAGACAAAAGACAUGGGAAACAGUGGUAGCUCGCGUGGUGCCACAUCUCACACGCCUAGAGACACUCCUGUUUUCAUCAACUCAGGUUCCACUCGCAGUUCCAAUUCCAACCUCUAGCCCUUUUUAUAAUCCCACGGCUCAGAUGGUAGAUCAUCUGACGGCUUAGAACGAGGCAACGCGAACAACUAAAGCCGCAAAGAGAGCUUUUUUGAGAGGGAGGUGAUAAAAAUAGCAAAUGGGUUUUAAAGGCAUACUCUGUUUUUUGGGAGGGGAAGGUUUAGUGAAUGAUUUGUUAGGGACAAUAUUUGAUUGAUUGCUUAAUGUUCUUUUUUUUUUUUGUGGUUUCCCAUAUGAGAUAUAUAGGAAUUUUUCAAAC